CACCUUGCUGCACGACGGACUGCACCCACUCUAUCUUCCCCUGCGCCAGCUCGAUCAGUCAGCACAUCGCCCAGUAAUAUCCUUUAGAAGACAGACAAAGGGUACGGCGAGGGUGCUGGGAAGGUGUUCCAUCAUUGGUUGGGCAGUAUUUCAGGCCCGACCACAGGCAGGACUUGAGCCGGGUGCUGCGGAGACAUUUUGGCAUUUGGUGCAGAGGGUGGAGGGAGCAUGAAGGUGCUUCGUCGUCAGAUAAGCAGCAAGGACGGCGAUGGCUUCGUGCAGAUGAAGACGGAGGAGGCAGAGGACAUGUGGCACGCCUACAACCUCAUCGCCGACGGGGAUAGGGUCCGCACGAGCACCGUGGUAAACGAGAGCUCGACGGGGUCAACGACGAGCAAGCGGGUCCGCCUGAGCCUGACCAUCGCCGUCGAGAGGGUAGACUUCGACUCCGACUCGUGCCUGCUGCGGCUGUCGGGGAGAAACUCGGAAGAGAACCCGCACGUCAAGAUCGGGGCCUACCAUACAUUGGAUUUGGAGCUGAACCAAGUGUUCUCGAUAGAGAAGGAUGUCUGGGAUGUGAUCCACUUGGAGCGGAUAGAAACAUCCAGUGAUCCCGCCAAGAAGGCUGAGGUGGCGGCGGUGGUGAUGACGGGAGGGCUGGCCCACGUGUGCCUGGUGACGUCCCACAUGACGGUCACGCGGGCGCGGAUCGAAAUGAACAUCCCGCGCAAGAGGGCGGGCAGCUCCGAUCACCAGAAGGCCAUCUCCCGGUUCUACGAGGCCGUUUACCAGGCGAUCGUGCGGCACGUGAACUUCCAGCAGAUCAAGUGCUUGCUUCUGGGCAGUCCUGGCUUCGUGAAGGACGACUUUUUCGAGUUCCUCAACCUAGAGGCGGUCAGAAGAGAAGAGCGGGUUUUGAUCGAGAACAAGUCGAAGUUUGUCCUGGUACACGCCUCCUCGGGACACAAGCACGCCGUAGAGGAGAUUCUGUCACAGCCCGCCGUUCAGACGCGCCUGGCGGACACCAAGGCCAGCGAGGAGAUCAGGGCCCUGGCAACGUUCUUCGACAUGCUCAAGAAGGACCCCGACAGGGCUUACUACGGGUACAACCACGUGUCUAGGGCGAACGAAGAGCUGGCCGUUGACAGCCUACUGGUGACGGACGGUCUUUUCCGAAGCAGCGACUUGCAGACGCGAAAAAAGUACGUGGAUCUGGUCGAGACGGCCAAGGACAGGGGAGCCAAGGUCUUCGUGUUUUCCAGCAUGCACGUGACGGGAGAGCAGCUAGGACAGCUCACUGGAAUUGCCGCUGUGCUACGAUUCCCUCUGCCGGAGAUCGAGGAGGACGAUGACGAGAGCAGCGACGAGGAUUCUGUCAUCGGCGAGGGCAGAGAUAUGGACGCCGGGGAGGUGAAUUCGCUUGCUCAAGGGGUGGCGGCGAUAGACAUGGGGCUGUAGCGCACCGACCUCGUGAAAAAGACUUUGCAAUGGAAUGCAACAUACUUCAACGGUUUUUGUCUGGUGUUUUGUCCGUUGAGCGAUGCGAAUGACACCGCUUUCUCUCUUGGUGGAAACAUGUCCCAGAUCUUGACCCAAUGUUGGCUGUGUAUUGUAAGAGGUAUAAUAUCGUAGGUCUUGGGUAGACUUGAGUUGUUUUUGUUAUUUAGUGCAGUUAUUGAGGAAGUGAUCAGCUAGACCGCCUUGACAUGCGGCUGACGUAAGUUUCGCUCACAAACCAUGACCAGCAUGCGCGUAAUCGAUUUGCAGAAAGGUCACCACACCACGGCGUUUGGUUUCGUGUACAUGCGUGCUGUAUCUGUUGCCCAUUUUGUAAAUUUGUGAAGCUUGUGGAGAGAACAGGUUUUGUUUGUGAUCGUUCGAACCCACGUACAUAUAGCGUUAUCGGCGUGAGUCUUCUCUGGCGUUAUGUAUUCAUGGGUCCAGUUUAACUCUCUAUCCGUCCCUUUUUGCUGCCGUGGAUAAGGAAACCUUG